UAGGGAUACUUGUCAAAACAUUCUAUACAACACAAAUGUGAAUCAUUCCAAAAAUGAACAAAAACUCUAGUCUUAUAUUAUUUACCAUCUUUUGGGUCUUAUUCGGCGCAAUUGGCUGGAUGGUGGCUGCUUUCUUUAAGGAGAGGACCCUUAUACGUUGUUGCAUCUUACUAACCGCCGCCUGUUGCUGGCUCGUCUGGCUGGUUACCUUCCUAAUGCAGAUGAAUCCCCUGGUUGGGCCACGCGUUGGUCAAUUGAAUAUUUUGGGAAUGAUAUCAUACUGGGAGACCUCUUACAUGCACAAUGAACCGGACCCAUAGCCAAGCGCACUUUCCAGCAAUGUUUUCCUUCAUGCGAAUAGCCGGCUUAAUUGCCUUUCAAUUAAGUUAUAAUGCAGAUAAUUUAAGUAAAUUAUAUUAGCGCCUCGUUAUGUUAAUAUCAACAAUAACAUUGCUGAACUUGAGCAUUGGCCUAUAUUGUCACCUGUUGAGCCUAUUGUUGUUGUAAUGUUAUCAGUAGAGUUCCAAAAAACUCUAAUUUCCAAAGAUAUAAUAUAAUACAUUUUCCUAAAACACAAGCAA